AUGGUCGAAGCCCCACUAGAAAUGCAAAAGAGCAUGAAGAUACCGGGUGAUCAUAUAAGCCAGUGUAAAGGCGCGGGUUUACCGACCGAGGGGAAUGCAGCGGGUAAUACGGACUUCUUGGAUCUACGGGGGGAGAAUCGGUCGCCGGGGAGGUUGCCGUCUGGAUUUACCGCGAGAGGGAUAAUGGCGCUGGUCUUCAGUUGUAUUUCCGGGAUUUUGGGAUUGGUGGUUAUUGCUUGGUAUGGUAUGGCCGAGAUCAAGUCUUGA